AUGAAGGGAUCUUUCCAGCAUAUCUGUUCCAUAAUCUUUGCCUUCAGUGCCUUGAUCGCUUCUGCUUUGUCGUUCGAGCCCAACAAUAACAUGUCUGAGAUUACGCACAAGGUUUCUCUGGAUAUUAAACUUGGAAAUGCUUCAAUGGGAUCCAUCGUUAUUGAACUUUAUGGCAAUGCUGCUCCGUUAACAGUCAACAAUUUCAUUCAUCUUGUCAAUCACACUUAUGGUUAUGGGUAUUUUAACUCAACCUUUCAUCGAGUCAUUGAAAAUUUCAUGAUACAGGGCGGCGACUUUACCAAUGGAGACGGCACCGGAGGAAAAUCCAUUUAUGGCCCUCGAUUCAAAGACGAGAAAUUUAUUCAUAAGCACUCGGGUCCGAUGAUGUUGUCCAUGGCCAAUGCAGGGCCAGACACAAACGGAUCUCAAUUUUUUAUCACCACUGCAGUUACACCCUGGCUCGAUGGGAAGCAUGUCGUUUUUGGUAAAGUGACCUCUGGCGAGGAGAUAGUGCGCAAAAUUGAAAAAACUCCUACCAACAGGAACAAUAGACCUAUCAAAGAAGUCACCAUUUCCGGAUGUAAGAUUCUCGAAGGCACCGUCUUGAGCCAGAGCACGAUUGAUUCAUUGCUCGCCAAGACAGGUCAAACCUCCCAACAUCGUGACUUGUAA